AUGCCCAUUCGCAACAGCUCAAAGUCCUUCGCCCAGGACAAGGAUAUUCCAUCCCUCGCCGGCAAAGUCAUCCUUAUCACCGGAGGCAAUAUCGGUCUCGGCAAGCAGGCCGUCCUUGAUUUUGCUCAACAUGGCCCGCACCAGAUAUGGAUCGCCUCGCGUAAUGUGGACAAAGCUCGUGCUGCAGCGGCCGAGAUUGCUCAACAGGUCCCCGGUGCCUCGUCCUGCAUCAAGCUUCUCGAGCUCGACUUGAGCUCAUUUGUCUCCAUUCGGAGGGCUGCAAAAAAGUUCAUGGCUGAAUCCCCUCGUCUUGACAUUCUGAUGCUCAAUGCCGGGAUCAUGGCCGUGCCUCCGGGCCUCACAGAGGACGGCUACGAAAUGCAGUUCGGAACCAACCACAUGGGGCAUGCCCUCCUCGCCAAGCUCCUGCUUCCCAAACUCGAAGCCACUGCAGCGGCUUCGCCGGACGAGGAUGUGCGCAUUGUGUCAAUGUCGUCGUUCGGUCACACCCGGGUCCCCAAAGGUGGCUUCCGCUUCGACAUGCUCAAGACCACCGCUGAGGAUCUUGGAGCGUACGGAAGAUACUACCAAAGCAAGCUUGCCAAUGUGCUUUGGAUACGGCACUUGGCCAAGGUAUAUCCUAAUCUCACGGUGGCCGCGAUCCAUCCUGGCCUGGUGCGCACCCAGCUCAUGGAAGGCGCAACGGCCACGCCUUGGAUCGUUCGGACACUGACCAAAGUGGGCGGUGCGUUGCUCACUCCAGUCAUCCAGGGUGUGAAGAACCAGCUUUGGGCGUCGGUGUCGAAGGAUGUUGUGAGUGGAGAGUACUAUGAGCCGGUUGGAGUUGCUGGGAAGGCCAGUGAGGAUGGGAGAGACGAUUCGCUGGCGGAGAAGCUGUGGAAUUGGACGGAGGAGGAGCUGAAAGCGUUCGAAUGA